AGUCACUCUUAGUGGCUCAGGAAGCACCACUGAGGUUCUUGGGAAAAAAAUUUCUCAAGGGUGGGUUGACCUGGGAUACUUAUUUACCGGAAGAUACUGAGGUGCUUGCAUCCUUGUUCUUUAAAAAAAGAAUAGUGGAUUAUUUCUUCUUUUCUAGUAAUCUAGAAACAGAUAAAAAUAAACAAUGUCGGAGCACGGCAGAAAUUCAGAUCAAGAAGAAAUCCUCAGUGAGGAGCUUGAUGAAGAUGAAAUCUUGGCCAACUUGUCCCCUGAAGAGCUGAGGGAAUUGCAGUCAGAGAUGGAAGUCAUGGCCCCUGACCCCCACCUUCCUGUGGGGAUGAUCCAAAAAGAUCAAACCGACAAGCCACCCACAGGAAACUUCGACCAUAAAUCUCUGGUCGAUUACAUGUAUCUGCAAAAGGCAUCUAGACGCAUGUUGGAAGAUGAGCGAGUUCCUGUCACUUUUGUGCAGUCUGAGGAAAACACUCAAAAACAGAAUGAACGAAGAGACAAAGCCAUUAAAAGUAUGUCCCAGUUUUUAAAAGAAAAACUCAAUAGUGAAAUCGUUGCAAAUAAAAGGGAAUCUAAAGGCAGCAACAAUGUACAAGAAAAAGAUGAUGAUAAUGACCAGGAGGAGGAGGGAGAGGAGGAGGAAGAGGAGGAGGAUGAAGAUGAGGAUGAAGAUGAAGGUGAAGAAAGUGAUGAAAAAGUUCAAAUAGAAGAAAAUCAAGCAAAGAAACAAAUCCAGAAUUGCAUAAGCAACAGCCAGCGGCUAUCUACUAAAGCAUCAGAAGAGAAAGACAGGCCAGAGGCCCAAGAAAAAGGUGAGAAGAAAAUAGCCAAAUUAGAUGCUAAGAAGUUAGCUCUAGAUACCAGCUUUCUGAAGAUAAGUGCAAGGCCUUCAGGGAACCAAACAGAUCUGGAUGGAAGCUUGAGACGCGUGAGACAGAAUGACCCGGACAUGAAGGAACUCAACCUGAACAACAUUGAAAACAUCCCUAAAGAAAUGUUGCUGGACUUUGUCAAUGCAAUGAAGAAAAACAAACACAUCAAAACCUUCAGCUUAGCCAAUGUGGGUGCGGAUGAGAGCGUAGCUUUCGCCUUGGCCAACAUGCUGCGUGAAAACAGGAGCAUCGCCACACUCAACAUCGAGUCCAACUUCAUCACAGGGAAAGGCAUCGUGGCUAUCAUGAGGUGCCUCCAGUUUAAUGAGACACUCACCGAACUUCGGUUUCACAACCAGAGGCAUAUGCUGGGCCACCAUGCUGAAAUGGAAAUAUCCAGGCUUUUGAAGGCUAACAACACUCUCCUGAAGAUGGGCUACCAUUUCGAGCUUCCGGGUCCCAGAAUGGUGGUAACUAAUCUGCUCACCAGAAACCAGGAUAAACAAAGGCAGAAAAGACAAGAGGAGCAGAAGCAGCAGCAACUUAAAGAACAGAGGAAGUUGAUAGCUAUGUUGGAGAACGGGUUGGGGCUGCCCCCUGGGAUGUGGGAAAGGUUGGGAGGACCUAUGCCAGACCCCAGGAUGCAGGAGUUCCUCCAGCCUUCUCCGGGACGGCCUCCCAAUGCCCAAGAAGUCCCCUUCGGUCGAAGAAAUGAAAUGAAAAAACCAUCCCAACCUCCGCAGUACAAGACCGACCCCGACUCCUUCCGGGUGGUGAAGUUGAAGAGAAUUCAGCGCAAAUCUCGCAUGCCGGAUGCUAGAGAGGCACCAGAGAAAACCAACCUCAAAGACGUGAUCAAAACGCUCAAGCCAGUUCCGAGAAAUAGGCCACCCCCGCUGGUGGAAAUCACCCCCAGAGACCAGCUCUUGAAUGACAUCCGUCACAGCAACGUCGCCUAUCUGAAACCUGUGCAACUGCCAAAAGAACUGGCAUAAGAGGCAACAGAACCAUCUAGAAGGACAAGAAGCCAUGAUUCUUGGAUCCCAGCUGGGAGGCUGUUUCACUGACAGCACAGGUGGCAGAACUGGGAACAGGACUCCAUCUGAGCUGGGCAAUUGUGCAAGGCAAAAUGCUUGGGCCAUGACAAAACGCAUCAGAAGAGGAAGGAGAAGGAGAUAAAAAUUAAUGUCCACAGGCAACAUUUUCCAGUUCCGGCAGUCUAAGUGACUUGGAUGAAAAUUAUAAAGUGAUAUUUCCAGAAACAAAAGCUAAUUUUUUUUGUAAAUACUCACCUUACUGUUGCUUUCUUCU